AAUCAAAACAUUUGAAGGCUAAAGCACGUCACUACAUCACUACAAGUGGUGUGAAAGAUUAGAGCACAUCUGCCUGACAGAAGUGUUUGCAACACUUAAGUCAAGGCCGGCUCAACACCAGAAAUAAUAUGUAUAGGAAGAGGAAGUUCUCAACUGCACUGUGCUGUAUUUAGCUUUGAGUCAGUCUGACACUCAGUCAGUCAGCAGCAAGACAGCAUGGAGGUUACAGCUCUCAGCAUCAGACUGUGUAAGUACUGAAUUUGCCUUUCUCAACAUUUAUCAUUAACAAGUUCCUAUGGAAAGGAAUAAACACUAGACUCAAUAUAUAUUAUAGAGUCCAGCAGAUGCCUUGAGUUUUUAAUUGCUCAAAAUGUUUGAGAUUAGAUCAAUAGAUUACAAACAUGACUUCAUAUGUCUCUGCAAUGAUAACAUAUGAAAGCCACUUCAUAUUCAGCUCUCUACUUGUCUUUACAGCGCUGAACCUGUUGAUGCUGCUGGUUGGACAUGUUCUGCAAAGUUACCCUCAGAAAACUGUGUCAGAUGCAGCUUUGUAUAUCAUUCCAACAAGACUACAAGUCUUUGAAUAUGAGUCCAUCUCAUUUACCUGUGAAGGAGGUGAUGGAUUAAAAGUAAGGAACAUCAAGAAAAUCAUUCCAAAAUGUUCAGUUGAUUCAGUGAUGUUUACUGUGACCUGCACCAUUGAGUGUGCCUAUAAAUCAGACAGUGGAGAAUACUGGUGUGAAGGUGGAGGAGGAGAGAGAAGCAACACUGUCAACAUCACUGUCACUGAUGGUUCUGUGAUCCUGGAGAGUCCUGUCCUCCCUGUGACGGAGUGGGAUGAUGUGACUCUAAGCUGUAGAAAGAAGAACACUUUUUCCAACCUGCCAGCUGAUUUCUAUAAAGAUGGCCUCCAUGUUGGGAGCAGUUCCACAGGAGAGAUGAGUAUCCACAGUGUUUCCAAGUCUGAUAAAGGACUCUACAAGUGUAACAUCUCUGGAGUUGGAGAAUCACCAGAGAGCUGGUUGGCUGUCAGAGAUGCAGCUUUUCGCAUCGUUCCAACCAGACUGCAGGUCAAUGAAUAUGAGUCCGUCUCUUUUACUUGUGAGGGGAUUAACAUCUCGGCCGGGUGGAGAGUGAGGAACAUCAAGAAAUUUGUUUCAAAAUGUUCAAUUGAUUCAGUGAUGUUAACUGUGACCUGCACCAUUGAGUAUGUAUAUAAAUCAGACAGUGGAGAAUACUGGUGUGAAGGAAGAAGAGGAGAGAGAAGCAACACUGUCCACAUCACUGUCACUGAUGGUUCUGUGAUCUUGGAGAGUCCUGUCCUCCCUGUGACGGAGCAAAACGAUGUGACUGUGUGCUGUAGAACCACAUCCAACCUCACAUCAAACCAGACAGCAGACUUCCGUAAAGAUGGAGUCCACGUCGGGAACAAUUCCACAGGAGAGACGAUCAUCCACAAUGUGUCCAAGUCUGAUGAAGGACUCUACAAGUGGAACAACUCUGGAGCUGGAGAAUCACCAGAGAGCUGGUUGGCUGUCAGGGAUGCAGCUGUUAUUGUUCCAACCAGACUGCAGGUCUAUGAAUAUGAGUCUGUCUCAUUUACCUGUUUGGGGGUUAAUGUCUCAGCUGGAUGGAGAGUGAGGAACAUCAAGAAGUUCUUUUCAAAAUGCUCAGUUGGCACUGAGAUGUUUACUGUGACCUGCACCAUUGACUAUGCAUAUAAAUCAGACAGUGGAGAAUACUGGUGUGAAGGUGGAGGUGGAGAGAGAAGCAACACUGUCAACAUCACUGUCACUGAUGGUUCUGUGAUCCUGGAGAGUCCUGUCCUUCCUGUGGUGGAGAGGGAUGCUGUCACUCUCAGCUGCAGAAAGAAGACGACUUCCUCCAACCUCACAGCUGAUUUCUAUAAAGAUGGCCACCAUGUUGGGAGCAGUUCCACAGGAACCCUGACCAUCCACAGUGUUUCCAUGUCUGAUGAAGGACUCUACAAGUGUAACAUCUCUGGAGCUGGAGAAUCACCAGAGAGCUGGUUGACUGUCAGAGAUGGUUCUGUGAUCCUGAAAAUUCCUGUCCUUCCUGUGAUGGAAGGAGAUGCUGUCACUCUGCAAUGUAGAAACAAGCAGAGUUCCUCCAACCUUCCAGCUGAUUUCUAUAGAGAGGGACUUCUCAUUGGGAACAGUUUGGUAGGAGAGAUGACCAUCCACAGAGUUUCCAAGUCUGAUUAGGGACUCUACAAAUGCAGAAUGUCUGGAGCUGGAGAAUCACCAGAGAGCUGGUUGGCUGUCAGAGAUCUUCACAGAGUGACCUGUUUCUCCUGGGAUCACUCCUUCUGUCUUCUCCUCCUCGUAAGGACCGUUUUCACCAUUGUGAGUGUGGCUGUGCUGUUGCCUGUGGUCGUUCUGCUUCACUGUGGGAAACUCAGAGUUACACUCACGUAACUCAUACAGGACACAAAGAGCUGAGUCACCUGACUGAGGAAGAAAAGACAGAGAAGAAGAUAGAAAAAGUUACAUAUGUUUGUAAAGCUCUGUGUUGCACUUAUUCGUUUUUAAAGUCAGUUAUUAAAAUAACACAUCAAACCUUUCAUAACUUGAAAAUGUUACAUUUACUUUCUUUUUCAUCGCCAAAAAACUGAACAUAAGAAACUUUAAUUUUGUCAUUUUACUUGAAUGCAAAACAUUAUUAUAUUAGAUUGGGAUUGUAUUAAAAGACAGCAUUUAUUAAUCGGGGGACUUCAGACAAUAGGCUGUAGUAUUUAAUAGACAAACAGUAGGUCACUUCACUGGUGUUUAUUUUUGGGUUCAACCACAUUGUUCUGUCUGCUACGUGUGAGACGCUGUUAAUAAGAACGCAGCUCCUGCAGCUGUUAAAUACUCUCAAUGUGGUCUAACCGCCCACAUGGUGAUUUCAGUUUGAUGCUCAAGUGGAGCCAGUGUGGUUUGGUUGCUUUUUUGUAUGCCUCAAUAUGUUUAUUG